UAUAUCCCGGAAGUAGGGAGCAAAUGGAUAGAGGAUGGGAGAAACCCAUCGACAGGGAAUAGCGAUAUCCAAUUUAACAAAAAUUAGAAAAUCUUUUUCCUGGUUAAGUGUCGCAGACGGCAGUUUACUAACUUCCGUGGAAAUAAACAACCCGAUUAUAUUUAAAAUGCGAUGUUAACGUACCUUAAAUGAAAAUAGUACCAUCUGUCAUCUUAGUUAAUAGUCGUCCGAGGGAUCGACGUUGUCAGGCUAAAGCGAAUAGCUGUUUUCUGCUAACCGGCAGCUCGCUUGCUAACGCAGUGGCAGUUUGGGUCGCAGCUUCGGGUCCUUUUGUAGGGUCCAGUCCAUUUGGAUGGACAAACAGCGCAGCUGUUGCUGCACGAGCUAAAUGGUAGAAUAAAUAUGUUAAAUCGAUGCGUAGCUGAAUAAUGUAGCUGAAGUAUGUCGCUUGGAUGGCGGAAUUUGUCAAAUAGCCACGACGCUUGGUCAGUGUUUGUAGUAGCCAGACGGAGAAGGAUAUGAGGUUUAAUGUGAGAAAAGGGGACCGGGCGUUAUGACGGAGUGAGCUGAGCGCCCAGUUCGGGCGCGGCCUGCGUCUCCGGCGUCUUCAUGUCCCACAGGUCUGGUACCACGUAGCCGCUGUCAUUUGUCCUCAGUGAAAAGAUGGACCUCUGUAGCCGGUAUCCCAACCGUACAGCCCCAGUGGGCGAGGAAGGUGCCCACAGGCCAGAUCUGCCCCUGUGCUCCCGCACCAAUGGCUGGAGCUGGCCCCCCCACCCCUUCCAGCUGCUGGCCUGGCUCCUGUAUGCUUAUUUUGCUGUGGUGGGCUUCGGCGUGUUUGUCCCCCUGCUGCCCCCACACUGGAUUCCCGCUGGCUACAUUUGCACAGGCGUGACGUUUGUGUGUCACCUGCUCGUCCAUCUGACUGCCGUGUCCAUCGACCCGGCUGACGGCAACGUCCGGGCCAAGAGCUACAAAGGGCCCCUGCCCGUGUUUGACCGCACCAAGCAUGCCCAUGUCAUCGAGAACUGCCACUGCUACCUCUGCGAAGUGGCUGUGAGCCCCAAAUCUAAGCACUGUAGCGCUUGCAACAAGUGUGUGGCCAGUUUCGACCAUCAUUGUCGAUGGCUCAACAACUGCGUAGGCAGCAGGAACUAUUGGCUGUUCUUGCACAGUGUGAUCUCCGCACUGCUGGGAGUGUUUCUGGUGGCACUCCUGGCCAGUUACGUGUUUAUCCAGUUCUUUUUGGAUCCCUCCACGCUACGUUCCGACAAGCAUUUCGAAGUGAGCAAUGGGACCUUGGUGUGGUUUGUGUUCCUGCCCGUGGCCCCUGUUUCCACCAGUGGUCCAGCCAUCCCUGCGCUGGCUGGCAUCACUGUGGCCAUCGGCCUCCUGUCCGCCCUACUGCUGGGCCACCUGCUGUGCUUCCACAUGUACCUCAUGUGGAACAGGCUGAGCACGUAUGAGUAUAUUGUCCGGCAACGGCAUCGCCAGGACCCUAAGGGAUCUGCCAAAGGCCCCUCGGAAAGCAACCCAGCACCACCCAGAAACCAACCGACGAAGGAUGUGAGCUAUUCAGGAACGCUGGGUUACACCAAUGCUGAGAUGGAUGUGGAGGAGUCCGUUGCUGUGGCAACACGGGCAGGACCAGAGUUUUGCGGUAAUGGGCGGGUGAGGAGUCUGUCCCCCCAGACGCCGGAGGGUGAGCAUUUUCCUGUUGCGUACGCUGAACACGAACUGAACCGUCACCCCCAGAAACACACGCAGAAGAGGAAGAAACGGAAGGUGCACAAGGUCCCUGCUGAGCUCGCCGAUGAUCGACCCGGGGGGUCCACCAGCAGGCCCCCUGCGGACGCUGUGGAAGCAGACCCCUGUGUGGUCGCCCUGAGCCAGGGCCUCCCCUUCCCAGCAUUCCCUGUGCGGGCUUCCCUGCCCCCUAUGGCCCCCGUGCGGGCAGCCGGCCCCCCCGCUGAAUAUCACUCUGACUCUGCAGAGUCCCUGGAGGAGAUUCCCGUGGUUCUGGCACGACUGGGCAGCGCUGCCCCGGUGGGGUCCAGGCCCCCACGUACGGCCCGUUCUGCCUCGGCCUUCCACCACACCUCCCUCCCUGCCACCGCCGUGCAGCACACAACCUCCCCCCAGCUCAGGCCCAAGCGCAAGGCCCCCCCACGCAGACCAGCUGGCCAAACGCUGGAGAUGGUAGCCCAGGAGCCGGCCGUGUUCGUCAGCCGGAGUAGUGGACAGAGCCCCUGCGCUUGGGAUGGGCCCAGCCCCAGGACAGGAACCCCCUCAGCAUAGGGAGGCUGGGCUGUGGUGGGCGGGGCUUCCCUGACUCUGGUGCUUAUCCAAUUGCAGCUGAUUGGAGGACAUGCCGUGUGAUGCCUUUGGUCUUCUGGUGCCAUAAAAGCAGCGUGUCUCCACACGCUUACCACUCCUACAAUAAGGUGACGGUGGAAUCCUCAUUCCUAGUGAAUCGCUGCACUUCCUAAUACUAUGACUCCAAGAGAUAUUUUUAUAGUAAAUGUUUUAUUUAUUCUUAUUAUAAAUGCCAAAGCUUAUAAACAUUCUAUUUCUGAAAGACAAUAGCUUAUUUAUUUAUAUGGAAGUAAAUUUGUUCCCCGGUACAAUUGCAUUACCUCAAAAUAUAGAUUCUUUUUUUUUUUUUUAUAUAUAUGUCCACUUUCAAAUUUUAUUCAGCCAUCUCUGCACUUUUGUAAAAAUCUUUCUCUUGUACUAUUGCAUCCAUCCCUGUGUUGUGAUUAAGUCACUGUGGAUUGGCUGGGAGCUUUGCACGAAGAAAAAUUUUGCAUCCUGUGUAAGGAGAGCGAAACGCCUGAACCGAAUCCGGCUGUGUUCAUGUUCACAGCCUUCCCUGUUCGCCUCGGCCCAUAAGCGUUUCCUGAUGACGGCUUGAAUAAACGGGCUUGCGUUGCGGCCCUGUGUUCAGUCUCUCUGGUCGCGUCACCAUGACGUUGGCACAUCCCCUGUGUCAUGCUGCAUGGAUGCUUUCAGGCUGCAGAGGAGUCUGGGAGAUGCAGGAGCGCAUGGCCCCAUGCGACGUGUGUGCCGUGUUGUGUGAGCGGUAAGUGGCAUGGGAUUGGCGCUGGAGUUCGAGCAGCCAGGCCGAGGCGUGGCAAAGCGUGGCAGACGGCUCACCCUUCCUAUUGCUGCCUUCGUUUUCUCCCUGCUGUCGCUAAACCCCAAAUGAAAAGGUCCCGGUAACUUGCCGGCUAUGGCAGCGCAGCGCCAGGCCGGGAGCCCAGCGGCCAGCAGCACCCUGGAGAGCUGCUCUGCCAGAGCGACCUCGCUUUCAUCCUGCCAGUCAUUUUGGUUUAUUUUCGGUUCCUGAAGAGGAUUCAGUUCCCAUCCGCGCUGCCAGCGAGUAACAACCUGUUUCUCUUUUAUUUAUUUUUUUGCCCAACAAAUGCAGAACCAAGACUGCAGGUUUAACGGCUCAUGAGACCAUCCACGGCUUCCUUUGGUUCUCUGUGAGGACAUUAAAAUGAUCAAGGCCUUAUGUCUAAUAGCCUGAAGUUUUGGCUUAAUUCAGGUGUUCAGUCGGUGGUCCCUGUUAGGUUUGGUGUGGUAUGUUAACAGGAUUCCAGUGUGUGCUCAGUGGCCUUCACUGGAUUCAGCUCUGUAAGCCAGAAGGAGGGGACUUUGUCAUAAGACCCAGUGCUGCAGCCAAACCAGAGCAGUGACCCCUCCCCAAUCACCUCUGCCAGGGUCAAAGCACAAUAGGAAGGUCAAAAUCAGUGAGCCAAUCUAAGACUCGCUAAUCCAGAUGAUGUUUUACAAAAGCCUUUUUAUGUAUCCCUAUUCUCAGUUAGUGUCCAGCAAUCGCUAAAAAUAACCUUUGCUUUUCAUUGCUCGAGAUCUUCCCUGGCUCGAAUCAUCGAUGUAGUUUGUUUUCUCGGAUGACACGCGCCACAGAAAUCGCUGGAACUUUCUGUUCCUGAUGCAGCUCUCAGCUCUCAUGGGGGUUCCAGCUCUGGUAUACAGCUGUGAUGUGACGGUCCAGUACAACUAACCCCCCCCCCCCCCCACUGGAAAGUCACAACCCUGCUUUGUGUGCUUUGUACGUAUUGUGCAUUGUUUUGCUGGGACGGUCUUCUCUGGCACCCCCAAUCCUGCCAGCUGCCACUAAGUCAUCCUGCACCACAGCGGAAUAGUGAGGGUCUCCAUGGAAACGGUGACGAUUUCAUAACAGUGUCAGUGAAGACAUUUUGAAAUGAAAGGGGACUGAGACUGUCUGUGAGAGGCCAGCUCCAGUGGGCAGCCGGUCGUGUGACCAGGACAGUGCCCUUUCCUGUCCAUCCAUGUUUGUCUUAAAUCAGCUGUACUGAUCAAUGUCAUUGUCUCUUUAUACACAUUUUAUUUAAUAAAACCGCAAAGAGCUAAAUGCACCCGAAGGGCCUGCUGUUGUUAAUAUGACAUUCUCAGAGUCUUUGGAAGCAUUCAGCUAUGUGACCUUUGCGUCUUCAAUGCCUGUCUCAUUUUAUACAUCUGAAACAGGUCUGUAUUUUGUAAUUAAACUAAUUUUCCUUUGCGUGUAA